GGUGCCGCUAUGACGGAACAGGCCAUCUCUUUCACCAAGGACUUCCUGGCCGGAGGCAUCACAGCUGCCAUCUCCAAAACAGCCGUGGCCCCAAUUGAGCGAGUCAAGCUGCUGCUGCAGUUGCAACAUGCCAGUAAGCAGAUCGCAGUGGACAAGCAGUACAAGGGCAUCGUGGACUGCAUCUUGCGCAUCCCCAAGGAACAAGGUGUGCUGUCGUUCUGGAGGGGCAACCUGGCCAAUGUCAUCUACUACUUUCCCACGCAAGCACUCAACUUUGCCUUCAAAGAUAAAUACAAGCAGAUCUUCCUGGGAGGCGUGGAUAAGCAUACACAGUUCUGGGGGUAUUUUGCUGGCAACCUGGCCUCCGGCGGGGCGGCCGGAGCUACCUCCCUCUGCUUCGUCUACCCCCUAGAUUUUGCCAGAACCCGUCUGGGGGCCGACGUGGGGAAAUCUGACACCGAGCGGGAGUUCAAAGGCCUGGGACACUGUCUGGUGAAGAUUACCAAGUCAGACGGCAUCCGGGGCCUGUACCAAGGCUUCAGUGUCUCUGUGCAGAGCAUCAUCCUCUACCGGGCUGCCUACUUCGGCUUGUACGACACGGCCAAAGAGUUGCUCCCUGACCCCAAGAACACCCACAUUGUGGUGAGCUCGUCCAUUGCACAGACGGUGACUGUCGUGGCGGGCUUGGUCUCCUACCCCUUUGACACUGUGCGGAGGCGGAUGAUGAUGCAGUCGGGGCGCAAAGGAGCCGACAUCAUGUACAGGGGGGCCAUCCACUGCUGGCAGAAGAUCUUCAAGGAGGAGGGGGGCAAAGCCUUCUUCAAGGGUGCCUGGACCAAUGUCCUCAGGGGCAUAGGCGGUGGCUUUGUGCUGGUCCUUUACGAUGAGCUGAAGAAAGUCAUCUAG